CUUAAUUUAUAUAAGUCAGUCACGGUCGUCGUCGUUGUGUUUGCUAGGGUUUCAUCUUCAGCGGCAGAGAGGUUUGCAGGGCCGGGAGCAAAAAUGGCGGAUAAGUCGGCUAAGGCAAGAAAAAGUGAGGUCGUCACGAGGGAGUACACCGUCAAUCUCCACAAGCGCCUGCACGGAUGCACAUUCAAGAAGAAAGCACCGAAGGCCAUCAAAGAGCUCAGAAAGUUUGCUCAGAAGGCUAUGGGUACCACUGAUGUUAGAGUGGACGUGAAACUUAACAAGAAUAUAUGGAGUCGUGGAAUUAGGAGUGUGCCUCGGAGGGUUCGUGUCCGUAUCGCACGAAAGCGAAAUGACGAGGAAGAUGCCAAGGAGGAGUUCUAUUCCUUGAUAACUGUGGCAGAGGUACCUGCAGAGGGAUUGAAGGGCUUGGGUACCAAGGUCAUUGACGAAGAGGACUAGAUUAGCUUUGCCAAAACCAGCCCAAAUUUUUGUAUGUUUUUAGCUCACUGAUCCAGUUUUGACUUGAGGUUUUGUCUUCUUUGCAACGUAAGAGAAAAAUUGUUUGUUUCCACAAUUAAUGAGUUUUGUAUUAAUUCUCGUGUGAUUUAUUCUGUCAAUGAUUCAUGUUUCAUGAUGUUGUUGUUGAUUCUGACAGACCACCAUUCUGAUGUAGAAAAAUGAUCACUGAUGAUGAAUUAUCCUGCCAGUUCUUGAAGUUUGGUUUA